GUGUGGUGCGCGAUUCGAACUGCGCGCAAUCGCAACUUUUCUUACCUUAAGGAUACUUAAGGACCUUACUCAGAGUUACUCAGAGUGUUCUGUGACUACCAUGGAUGACAUAGAAGCGAUGGAAAGAAACGCGAUGAAAGCUUGUGCAGAGCUCGAAAAAUGCGUGAAACGCUACAGUGAAAUUUGGACGAGUUUGCAUAACGAGCUUAAACAAACAGUCAAGGAACAGAAAGAUCAGCGCAGGAAGAUGGCGUGGGAAGCCAGCAUAAUGGAGGCUGAAGCUUCUUCAAGCAGCGAUUGCAAGCGGGCUAUCAGGCAGAAGAUAGAGGAAAACAUUCAGCGUGUUGAGAAGCUCAAAAUUGAUGACACUACUGCAGUUGAUGUUCUGGCGCAUUUGGAUUUUGACAAGGCUGCUUCGAAGGCUGAGGCACGAAGUAAAGAAGAAAAGCUGCUGUCAAAAAUCCUGAACAUGGAUCUUCAACACUGCUCAUCACCAGGGAUUCUUUCUGCAGUUUACAAGGAUGGUGAGAAAUUGAUACCACACCACAUUGUCACAUGUGGCAAGGACCCAUGUGAUGUUGCUGAUGAAUUGUGGAACUUUGCAGCAGAGUGCAGCACCAAAAAGUAAACAUUCAUAUGUACACACCUAUUUAAUAAAGUUCAUUACUUUUUUUCUUGUUCUGUGCA